AUCCCGAUUUCAAAUGCUUUUGAAGUAGUUGAGCCAUCUUAAAGUUGAAGGACGAAACAAAAGCGCGUAAUAUAUUUUCCUGGAACAUAUAAAUGUGUGACUCUUUUGCGUGCCAGCUGUUAUGUGUGUGUAUCUUUCAAGCAGACUGAUGUUAUUAAAUUAACCGCAUUUAAGUUGACAAAACAUGGGUUGCGUGGAGUUUCUUGCAGUUCUGGGAUCUUCGAUUCUCUUAGUUCUUACCUUCCCCUUCUCAAUUUUUUGGUGUUUCAAAGUCGUCAAAGAAUUUCAAAGAGCCGUUAUUUUCCGUUUGGGAAGAUUAAGAUCUGGAGGUACUAGAGGACCCGGUAUAUUUUUCAUCCUACCAUGUGUCGAUACUUAUAUCAAAGUCGAUCUAAGAACAAUUUCCUUCGAUGUUCCACCACAAGAGAUUCUUACCAAAGACUCCGUCACAGUAAAAGUAGACGCUGUGAUUUAUUACAAAAUUCAAGAUCCGCUACUUUCUGUGGUCCAAGUAGAAAAUUACAGCAAAUCCACAAAACUUCUUGCAAUGACAACUCUUCGAAACAUUUUGGGAACACGAAACUUAUCAGAUGUUUUAUCAGAUCGUGAAACUAUAUCUCAUGUUAUGCAAACUAGCCUAGAUGCAGCUACGGGUCCCUGGGGAGUAAAGGUAGAGAGGGUUGAAAUAAAGGAUGUGAGGUUGCCGGUGGAAUUGCAGAGGGCUAUGGCGGCUGAAGGUGAAGCCUCUCGUGAAGCUAGAGCUAAGGUCAUAGCAGCUGAAGGUGAGAUGAAAGCUUCUAGAGCGUUAAAAGAAGCUGCUGAUGUUAUUAGUGAGUCCCCAUCAGCCUUGCAGUUGCGGUACCUCCAGACGUUAAAUAAUAUAGCAGGAGAGAAAAAUUCAACUAUCAUAUUCCCCUUACCAAUAGAUCUUCUGUCACAGUUUUUAAGUUUUGGUAACAGAAAUUAUUAAUUCAUCUCAAGAAAAAUGCCUUUUAUUAGUGGAAAAUUGCAUUUAAGCAUUACGGCUUAUCUAACAUAUGUAUUUAGAGUUAGUUCAUUUCGAUCUUUUUUAGUGUUUGAUAUCAUUUUUCUUAAAUAACUU